GGAUCGCUGGACUGCGAGGCCUGUUUAUUAUCCAGAUAAGAGCAUGGACAAUUACGGCACGCUGAGCACUUUCCAGAACGCCAAGGACAAAUGGAAUACCCCAUCGCACCAGAUCGUGGUCAUCCAGAACAUACGAAAGUUGUGGCACGAAUCGAACUGUCCUGAAGCUAAAGGCGGCUCAGCGACAGAAGUGAAAAAUGCAGAUUAUAGAAAGUUUGCAGGAGAGGCUCUUCGUUUGACCGGGAUUCGUAAUUUGGUUGACAUGUCUCUUACUACUCAAUGGAGCGGCCAAUGGUCUGACGCCCUCGGGCCCUACAUGUUGUUGGCAAGGGCGACAGAUGACGUUAAACUUUUCGAAAAGGUGAAACAAGUGUACGCCGCUUGGGAAGCUGGACAAUUGUCGGGGAGAGAUGCUGUGAAGCCUGCUACCAAACAAGGUGAAUCAGGGAAGGCAUCGAAGGCUGGACCUGGAUUUGAGUUGAAAGGUGGAGUUAGGUAUCCGGUUCAGGGUACCAAAGGACCAGGUUACCUCGUGGCUAUGCACGAUCCGGAUAUCAGAGCGUGGAAGCCCUUUUCAGCUCUUGGGAGGUGUGAGCGGCUUCAACUGUUGCGAGACAUUCUCACAGACAAUGUAAUACUGACUCCUAAGCAAAGUGGAGCUGCUCAAUGUGCCGGGAAAUAUUCAACGGAGACAUACGCGGAAAUGGUGAAGAUUGAAAGAGCAAUGUUGAGGAUGUUUCACUACUUCGUCUUCAUUUCUGACCCUCAAAGGAAGUCGUCAGAGUGGACGGAACGAUUUUUCAACAACCUUUCCGAUUUGUUUGAUAAGUACUGUGAUGAAGGAUUGAGGUCUGAGAGGUGGAUCGACCAGCGUCGCCAUUUCAAAGACAUAAAUUGGGUGCGAACGUUCCCGGCUACAGUUGGAGGAGAAGAGGAAAAAGGAGAAGCGGGCUUCAAGAAAACAGCAUCACUUGCUGCGAAGUGCCCCGAAGAGUUAGUGCAGUUUGUCAACAAGCUGCUGCGCAGAUCAGAAACCAGGGGUUCGGAAACCAUAAGAAUGUCGGGCACGAGGAAAUAUAUACAUUUCAAUAAACAGAACGUGAACUUUGUUUUCAUCCCAUUCCAAUGGGAACCAAGUGAUAUUUCAGACGAGAUGGAUUCCAAGGAAAUAUAUAGAGUCGUCAAACAUCUGAGUUGCCACACGGCCGUGCUGGAUUUGUGUCACCCAACCCAGAUAGGGGUGUGGACUGAAGAAGUCUUUGAUGGUCUAUGGAAGUUCAUGGGAAAACUGGCAGGUGAUUAUUGGACAUUAUUGUACUUCGUUCCGCGGUCGUGCGAGUAUACAUUUUUCAAGCAAGUUACAAGUUGGGACAUUGACAUUCAUUUGUCCAUUCUAAAGUGGACUCGUCAGCAACAAACGAAGGCGAAGCAUUCAUAUAAGGUUGCGAACUUGCCUUUGGAGGACACAAACAAAAUGGUUGUCAUCAUGUACUCCAACGAUGGGGAUCAUCACCGCAACACUAUUCCCUUGCUUGAAGACAUUCCAGCAAACACUCCAGCUGCGAAUCGAUCAUCUGGCGAGCAGGCGGGGGACUUAUCAGCACUUGUGCACAAAGAGAGAAGGCCAAAGAUGUUGAUUGAUGUCGUGGAGAAGAACUUCACGCCCACGAAGUUGAAAAUGGCAGGUAUGGGGCCAAAAGAGAAAUUUGUGUACGAAGGUAUGGAAAGGGAGCCAAAUGCGAUGGUGGAGACAUUCGAGCAUUUUUGUCCUGCGGAUGAGGUGGUUGUUUUCCUGGGAAAAGGUCAUGCGGCGUUGAUUUGGGAGUUGUUAAAGAGUUACCGUCAUUGCAUUGUUCUGGAAGGGGAGGGUAUGAAGUUCGAGUUUCUCGUUCAAUUCGUCAACAGGAUGGUCAAGAGUGGAGGUUACUUCGCCAAAUUUGUUAAGCCGCCUCCUCAACAUGAUGAAAAGCGUGAUCUCGUCUACAAAGUCGGGCAAAACAUCGUCAACAUUUGGGAGUUCAUUUUCGAGACUAAGUCACAAAACAGAGGGGGACGUGCAUAUGUCACCAGAAGGCGAAAAAUGGAAUCACUUCUGAGGGGAUAUCAUAAGGCACCGGCGGAGACGGAAGUUGCAUUUCUAGACCGUUUGGAGAUGAUGUACUUCGACGAACACAUCGGGGCAUUUACAAUCGCAGCUUAUGCAACUUGUUUUGGGGAAGGCUUCGAUGCUGAGGACUCUGAGGAAGAAAGUGACGAUGGUCCUUUGCAAGCGGCUUUGGCAGAUGAGAGGCAAAAAGCUUGCAGCUCGGUUUCGCAAAAGAUGGGUGCGUCGGGCACAUCGUGCGGUUCUGGGGGGGCUUCAAGUAUUGCAGUUUCAACGGACCAGUUUCAACGGACCAGUUUCAACGGACCAGUUUCAACGGACCAGUUACAUGGCGGGCAACACAACAACGCUAUCUUCCGGCGCAGUUCAGGAUGAUCCGAGGGUGCAGGCAAUGCUCUCCCCAGA